AUGACAACAACAAAAGAGACAGAUAAAUAUCAUUCUAUCACCAAACAAUUCAAAACAUUCAAAGAUAACAAAUGUCCGUUAUGUGAUAGUCAACUAUGUGAUACUGCAACACUCAACAAUCACAUUGCUCAAUGUUCUGUCUAUUUCAUGUUGGACAAUCAAAUAGAUGUCUUGCAAGUUGUAAAUGAUGUCAUGGCAAAUCUUUACAACAAAAAGAGAUCAAUUGACAACAAUGAUAAUAAUAAUAAUAAUAAUAAUAAUAAUAAUAAUAAUAAUAAUAAUAACAACAAGAACAACAACAAUAAUAAUAACAAUAAUAUUAUUGUGAUUGAUGAUGAUGAUGACAUCAAUGUGAAGAGACAAAAGAUGGAAACAAACAACAACGACGACAAAAAGAUAAUAAGGUCUGAUGAAGAACUAAAGUCAUUGGGUGCAUUUGUUAAGGAUUCAAAUGGUGAGGGAAGAUGCCUAGAUAUGAUCGACUUUGUCGGAAGUCAACAGGAACUACAAUCAGCGGUGAAUAGGGUAAGAACAGUCAUCCAAAAAUCAAAGUUGGUUACCUACUUAUCAAUAUAUGUUCUUUUCGAUGAUAACACAAUUGAACAAGGUAUGUCAACAUCUUAUCUAUCGAGUAUAAAUAUUUAUCAUGCUCACUCCACUCUUGUCCUCUCUUCUUUUGUCAAAGCGCGUACAACUAUGGGGUUGAUCUAUCAAGACCUAAAAGAGAAUACAACAAUAACAGAGUAUUUCUUUGAAUCAUUUCCAUUUGGAAGAAUGAUCUAUGCCGAGAGAGCAAGUACAAGAUUCUGUGUCUAUGGAGCCAAUGUUAAAAACAACCAAGAACUUCAUACACCCAUUUGUUUGCCAUCAAUGAUUCCACAUAUCGAUAAAUACCAAGUUAAAAGUAUAGCACACCCAGUUGAUAUUCAACCAUCAUGUGAUGUAUUGAAUGGAUCACCAUAUAUUAAAACAGUCAAACUAAUGGCAUCCAAUCGAAUGACAUACGAUAAAGAAGUAUUUAAUCGAUUCGUACUCGGGUUACCCAAUCUUGAGUGUCUCAGACUAAAAUGUGGUGGUGGUGCCAGAAUAUUAUCAUUGGUCAUCAAACUAUUAAACAAAAACAUAAUCAAGCACCUUACAAUUAGCCAUAUCGCGGUAACUCCUGCACUGAGUCGAAAACUAUUAGAUGCCAUCAAGACAAACAGAUCACUUAUUAGUUUUAAAAUCUAUUUUCUCCAAGAGUGUCUCCCAUUUGUUUAUCAAGCUUUAAAAGAGAUACGUACCAAUCAUAAUAAUACAACUCUGAAAUAUAUUUACUUGUUGCAUCUAAAUAGCCAGGCAUAA